AAAUAGGCCUGCGGUAUAAGGCCUUAGUUCCGGCUCUAGGAAGUUGUUUGGAAUAUACGCAUAUAAUCUGAUUAAAUUAUUUGAGGUUGAAAACAGACUUUUUUCAGGUUAAAACCAAACAUGUCAGCACCACCACCAUACCCAGGAAAAGGACAAGAAGCAGGCCAGCCUUAUCCUGCUCAGCCUCCACCCCAAGGAGGAUAUGGUCAGCCAUAUGGAGCCCCACCACCUGCAGCUUACCCUGCUCAGCCAUAUGGACAACCAGGAGGGCAUCCAUAUGGCCAACCAGGUCAGCCUGGGUACCCCCAACAGCAGGGCCAGACCACUGUCGUGGUGGCUCAGCCAGCUGUAACUGUAGUGCAGCAGUUCCGCGAGUCUCCAGUCCAUACUCGCUGCCCCCAUUGUCAAGCUGAGGUGGUCACUGCUACUCAAUUCGAGACCGGUACAUUCACUUGGAUCAUCUGCCUUGUUCUGUGCAUCGUUGGAUGCAUACCUUGCUGUGUUAUCCCAUUCUGUGUUGAUGGGUGUAAAGAUGUCAUCCACAUCUGUCCUAGCUGUCAACAGACCGUUAGCCGUUACCGCCGUAUGUAGAAUGAACAGACUUGUUAGAUGGUCAUGAUGGCUUGGAUCAGGAUGAAGAUUUUUGUGUGUCGGAUUUGGAGUCAGGAUACCACUAUCAUAUGUUUAUCUAAUAUCUACACAAGGAUGUGUUAGGACUACAAAGGAUGAAUUGAUGUGAUUCGCACCAGAUUUCUCCAUCAAUUUCAAUACUUAUAUAGAUAUAUGUGAAAAUUGAGCAUACUAUAUAUAUAUACUAUUAUGUAACAUGAAAUGUUACUUGCAUAGAUAUAUGUGAAAAUUGAGCGUACUAUAUAUACUAUUAUAUAACAUGAAAUGUUGUUUGGUACUGUCUUUCGUGGUUAAAAACCUGAGACAUCAUUUCAAGGGUAAAAAUGGUAUACACAUAAUUCUUUUAGCUGAGAUCUUAUUUGUCAUAUUUAUGUUCAAGGUUUUUCUAUGGUCUAGAAAACAAAGUUACUCCUAUAAUAUUUCAUGUUAUAUAGUAUAAAUGUGGUACAUGUCAACCUCUCUCAAUGGUAGUUAAGGCUUAGUUGUUUAUAGUGGUCAGAAUAUGUGUAUAUUGUUUUAUUUAAUCGUUGUUUUAAAAAAAUGAUUACAAGUAAGAGAUGUAAAUUUAUUCAAUGAGCUACACUUCUUAACUAUGAAGUCUAGAGUUGUGCAUUUAAAGUUACCUGAUGCUAGUUUGAUAGGUUGAUAUGUAUACACACAUGUAUGUACUUAAUAUUGAAAACAAAACUUCAGCAUUAUCACAUAGGAAGGAAGAUCAACAUGUUACAUUGACUAUUGUUCAAAUGAUGUUGAUAAACAGUAAAUAAACUGAAAGAAAACCAAAAAUUAAAAAUCUGGAGGAAAGAAGGAAAAACCAGAAUGAUAUGAUGUUGAUGCGGUAUUUUAAAUGGGCAAUACAUUUUUGGUUUUGUGAAAGUAGUUGACAUUUUGCCCUUUGAUGAUGGACCAGCCAAUCACAAUUCAGACACGUAAGUACUAAGGGUACUACUGUAAGAAGUGAAUUUAAAGAUUAGAAAUGAGCAAGAGAUAUGAUUAAAGAGGAUGGAGAUAGGAGAUAAGUUGUGCCUCAAAUAAUAUAUAAUUGAUAUUGGAACUACCCGAUAGAUCCUAAAUAUUAGAUGUUGUAUCUGUUUAUAUAUGAUAUGUAAAUAUCAGAUCUCCCAUCAUCUCACUAACAAUGAUAUCCAUAAACACUUCAUAGUUUUCUGGCUAAGAAAUUUGUCUUCAGCUAAGGGAGAGGGGGGAGGUGUUUGUCAUUUCACAAUAUAUUAAUAUAUCCAAAUUGUCAUGGGUUUGUAGGUGUAUUAAAACAAUAUAAUUUCAUAUAUAUUAGCAUUUGACACCAAAUUUGGCUGAGCUGUGAGGUACCAAUAUAUUUAGUCUACAUGUAAAUUUUUGUUGGAGAUACCUAAACUGCAGCCAUCAUCACACAUUCAACCAGAGGUCUUGGGUUAUGUCUUUCCUCAGAAGUGCUUAUAGAUAUUUUCUUAUAUCAUGUAUGUUUGUAUUUUACUCAUGUUGUCUUUAGUGGUUUGGUCUCCUUUUUUUUAAAUUUCAAUAAAACAGAACUCGGUACUCAAAGGAAUUCAUCAGGUUACCUAAUAGUUUCUCUAUUAGGAAACAAGGAGAAUUUGUUCGUAGGUUUGUAUCUUGAAGACUUGGGAGUAGACACCUAAAAAAAAAAACCACGCACACGAAGGAUAUAAUGCAAAUUUAGAAUAAAAUACAAUAUAGACAAAAAAUUAAUUGACUGCAUCAUACAGCAGUUUCAUCCUUCUACGUCUCAUCAGUGGUGUUAGGGACCCAAGAAUUAGGAGGUAACAAAGGAAAAAAUGGCUGAAAUAAUAGUACACAACACCAACUCAGCAGACACCACCACCCCUCUCUCUUUUUUUUUUUUUUUAGCUAAGGAGAUGGGAUGCUUUUUGAUGUUGAGAAUUUUAUUAGGCUGUAUAUACACCGGUGUUAAAACAUUGUCAAACAUCACACUUAACAGAUAUACCAGUGUUACAUCACUGUCAGACAUCACACGUAACAGAUAUACCAGUGUUACAUCACUGUCAGACAUCACACGUAACAGAUAUACCAGUGUUACAUCACUGUCAGACAUCACACAUAACAUAUAUACCAGUGUUAAAUCACUGUCAGACAUCACACGUAACAGAUAUACCAGUGUUAAAUCACUGUCAGACAUCACACGUAACAGAUAUACCAGUGUUACAUCACUGUCAGACAUCACACAUAACAGAUAUACCAGUGUUAAAUCACUGUCAGACAUCACACAUAACAGAUAUACCAGUGGUAAACAUCACACAUAACAGAUAUACCAGUGUUACAUCACUGUCAGACAUCACACAUAACAGAUAUACCAGUGUUACAUCACUGUCAGACAUCACACGUAACAGAUAUACCAGUGUUACAUUACUGUCAGACAUCACACAUAACAGAUAUACCAGUGUUACAUCACUGUCAGACAUCACACAUAACAGAUAUACCAGUGUUACAUCACUGUCAGACAUCACACAUAACAGAUAUACCAGUGUUAAAUUACUGUCAGACAUCACACAUAACAGAUAUACCAGUGUUAAAUCACUGUCAGACAUCGCUCAUAACAGAUAUACCAGUGUUACAUCACUGUCAGACAUCACACAUAACAGAUAUACCAGUGUUACAUUACUGUCAGACAUCACACGUAACAGAUAUACCAGUGUUAAAUCACUGUCAGACAUCACACAUAACAGAUAUACCAGUGUUAAAUCACUGUCAGACAUCACACAUAACAGAUAUACCAGUGUUACAUCACUGUCAGACAUCACACAUAACAGAUAUACCAGUGUUAAAUUACUGUCAGACAUCACACUUAACAGAUAUACCAGUGUUACAUCACUAUCAGACGUAUUGUCAUAUUAUUUACAGAUUUUAGAAAGUGUGGCCAUCUAACAUAAUAAGCUGUAUUUCGCUUAAUAGACAUGUCCAUAUUGAUUUUGUUUUUAGAUAUACUGGUGUUGUGAAAGUUAUCCUUAAUGGACGACACUCCUAUAUCAAUUGUCUUGUCAUUAUCAGACUUAAUGUAAGAGUGUUGUUGAAUCACAAAUAAAUAUCACACUUACCAAAGAACUGUAACCUUUUUUAUUUUGACGUUACCAAUCUCAUGCUUUUUAUGCGCCCGUCGAAAGACGGAUGUAUUAUUGUAUGGCACUGUCCGUCCGGCGUCCAUCAUAAACUUUUAUUUGUCCGGAGAUCUCCUACAUUUUUCAGCCGAUCUUUAUGAAACUUGGUAGGCUUAGUCAUCAUGAUAUGAAAUUGUGUUUUCCUGAAUGGGGUUUUGAUUAGACGAUUUGAAUAGGAGUUAUGUCCCUUUGUUUUUUUCACUAUAGAAAUCUUGUCCAGAGAUCUCCUCCAACAUUUUUCAGUCGAUCUUUAUGAAACUUGUUAGGCUUAAUCACCAUGAUAUGAAAUUGUGUUUUCCUGAACAGGGUUUUGAUAAGACAAUUUGAAUAAGAGUUAUGCCCCUUCGCUGUUUUGGAUAUUCACGGGCGUAUUUUGUUCCGCUUUGUGGUACUCUUGUUAUCUGUAGAAUGUCCUCCAGACUUUCCAUCAUAUUAACUAGUACGAUAUGGGUGGGUUAGUUUAGGGAGCAUAAUAUUUCGCAUUCUGGGGGUAAAGAACUUGAUGUCUGACUAACGAUUGUGCCAUUAUAGAUUGAGUUUUAGCUUUUUGCUGUAUCUUACACCUAUGUAAGUACGUCAGUCACAAAUGGUCAACAGAUUUACUUGAUUUGGCUUGGGAUAAUCCAUUUCAAGAGAGACCAAACAUUGGGGCAAAGUUCGCAAAAUCAUUUUUAGCGACAUUAAUUUCUACUUUUCAACAAAUUUUCGCAUUUCAAAAUAACUUGCUAAAAUAGCAUGUUAAAAUAAUCAGCUGUAUGGUAUUCAUUUAUAAUGCUCAUUCAUGAAGUUGUUGGCAAUACUCUUUUCACUUUGCAUUAUUUUGUUGCAAAAUGUCAGGUAUGUAAAUAUCUCUUAAGGUGUUUCAGGAACAUAGAUUUAAGGUGAUGUUAUAUACAUGUAGAAAAUGUCAUUUGUAUGCUGACCUAGAUCAUCACAAUAUUACCAGAAAAUUUUUUUCAUUAUUAUACAGGUCUUAUUUUUCUGGUGUGGAUGAAAAUUUGUUUUACAUUCAAAAUACAAGUUGAGGGUCGAAUGGCAUACAGCAGAAAUUAGGCAUUCAGAAGUUAUACUGUUAUACAACAUCUGUUGUGAUGUAACAUUAGCAUAUGUUAUAAAUAUAUAAAUAAUUGAGGUUUUUAAUUAGUAAUCCAAGUAAACAUGAAUUGUGUUUGUAGGUGUAUUAAAGCCGUCUUAUUAAGGGGAAAACUUGGCUUUACCCUUUCGUCUGUUUUCAUCAUGUGUUUAACUUAAUAUUGUUUACAUCUUUAUCAUGUGAGUAUUUUCAAUUAAACAAUUUCUUAUAUCCUC